ACAGUGUACUUGGGUGUGCGCUAUUCAGCGUUAGCUGCUAAAGCAAAUGAUGAUCUCUCGGAGUAUAAACUACAGAUUGAGAACACACUGUAUUUGUUUGGAUGCUCUGUAAUACAACGCAACACAUGUAAAACCCAUAGGCAUUUUACGGCGUCAACUGGACAAUUCAGUGGCAAGUGAAGAAACACAAUUUGCAGUCUUUUUCAGGUUUGAUCACCGCUUGCACAUACACCGUAAAGAUGGGAACACAGUAGCCUGAAUAUGGAUAAUCAGAAGAGCUCUGGAGAGGAGGAAAGCUCCAGGGAGCGUGGACUGCUCCACACAUGGAAGGGCUACUCCUGCAGCGUCACCCCAGAAAAAGUGCUCCUCUCCCGGCCUGUGCUGCAGGCAGCCCUGGGCAACAGACAUGGAGUACUUCUAGUGGAGGGUGGGCAGGUAUACAGUUUUGGCGAAUUGUCAUGGAAACAGACACAGGCACCGUCGUCAGUGGUGACAUCCGAGCCGGUCUUGGAGGCGGGCCUUAGCGGACAGCGGGUGGUGGCGGUGGCAGCGGGCGGCUUCCACAGCGGCGCACUGACAGAGGAUGGGGGCGUGCACAUGUGGGGGGACAACGCCCACGGACAGUGCGGCCUAUCAGGACUCACCACUGUCCCUAACCCCACCCCUGUGGGUGUGGUCGACCAGCUCGACCCGGCCUCUGCAUUGCCGUCGGCCUGCGCCUCACCACAGGUGGUGGUGACUGUGGUGGAGCUGGCCUGUGGAGAGCAGCACACAAUGGCGCUCUCGGCCCGCCACGAGGUGUGGGCGUGGGGCAGCGGCCCGCAGCUCGGGUACCCCGUGGGCACCGUCCCGGCUUGGAGACCCCAGCGGGUGGAUCGGCUAGCGGGGCGGCACGUGCUCCAGGUGGCCUGCGGCGCCUUCCACAGCAUGGCCCUGGUGCGCUGCCCGGUGCCGACCCCCGAGCCACGCCGGCCACCCCCGGACAAGUGCGGCCAGUGCAACCAGCUGCUCUACACCAUGACCGAUAAGGAGGACCACGUCAUCAUCUCCGACAGCCACCACUGCCCCCUAGGGGUGGAGGUGGGUGUUGGGCUGGGCGAGGUCGCAGGGGAGGUCCGCCGGAGCUCGGAGGGCAGCCCGGGGGGGAAGGGGGGAUCGCCGGGUCAGCAGAAGGUCAAGAGCUCUCCGUCGGAGCCUCUUUUGUCCACCCACAGUCACCCCAGGCCUCUGAGCUCGUCCUUCACGGCUCCUGGUUCUUCCCCUGCCCCUGCAGCUUCUCCGUCCCAGGAUCAGGCUGCUCCCUCCAGCCUGGACUCCGCAGAGGAGGCCUGUAAGGAGCUGGAGGAGCCUGAAGCAUCAGAGCACACCAAUAACUCGGUUGACCAAGACCCCAGCACCCUACAGGAGGAUGGCUCCAGAACUCAAGGGGGUGCUGUUCUGGGGACAGGGGCUAAAAACUCACCCUAUCCAGAUGAGCAGGCGGUGAAGGACUACCUGAAGAGACUGUCGGACCAUACGCUGUCGGAACAAACUGCCAAGUCCCCACAACUGGCACAGCAUUCACAGGUUCGAUCAACGGACGCCAUCGCCGAUGUCUUCACCCCCGACCCUGACGAUGAAACCACCACCUCCAUCGUGACGGCAAUGCCGGCCGGCGGCCCAGUGGGCUCGGCCCUCAACAGCCUGGUGGCGUCGUGCGCCUUGGUCGUGGGCGAGCGCGUGGCGUCCACCUGCGAGGCGCUCUCGCUCCGCAAGGUCAUGAACUACUACUACCCGGUCUCGUCCUCCUCCUCCUCCUCCUCCCCUGCGUCAGGCCCCAGGGCCCCUCCGGAGGGAGGCAGGGAGGGCCCGGUGGGUCUGGCCCGCCUGGAGGAGUCGCUCCAGGGCAAGAAGAGCUCCAGCCUGGGGGACAUCCGCGAGGAAGAGGCGGAGGGCCUGAGCCGACGCCUGUCCCUGCCGGGGCUCCUGUCUCAGGUCUCUCCUCGUCUGUUGCGGCGAUGCAGUCGCUCGCGUGUCAAGGCCGCACCCCUCACCCCCCCGGUGGUUACCGAGGGCGACAGCCUCCUGCCCUCCCUGCAGACAGAGGUGUGGAGUUGGGGUCGGGGCCAGGAAGGGCAGCUGGGCUAUGGCGACUUUCAGACCAGGUCGCAGCCUCUGUGUAUUAAGAGUCUGAGCAGCAAGGAGGUGGUGAGAAUAGCAGCUGGUGCUCAUCAUUCCCUGGCCCUCACUGCGCAAUCUCAGGUUUUCUCCUGGGGUAGUAACAGCUCUGGUCAGCUCGGCCAUAUGGAAUCACCCAGCACCAUACCUCGCUUGGCUAAGCUGUCAGAAGGGAUUCGUGUGUGGGACGUGGCAGCGGGCCAGCAGCACACGCUGCUAUUGGCCGACGGCGACUGCUUCCAACCAAUCCUGUACUACAGCGGACAGCAGGUCAGGGAAGGGCCGGGCCAGACAUCCAAGGAGGGGUCAGGGGGCUACACCCAGCAGCCCGUCCUGCUCCCUUUCUGCAUGAAUCUUGGCUACGUGAGCAGCGUGUUUGCGGGCGGUCAGAUGUGUGCUGCGGUGGCGGAUAAGAACGUGAUGGGCUUCAUCGCCAGUCUGCACGAGUUGGCCGCCGCCGAAAGGAGAUGCUACUGUAAACUCACCAGCGUCAAAAUACAUGUCCUACAGCCGCUCCUUAAAGCAGAGAAUCUCUGUUCAUCCCUCGGCCCGAUCUCCACUGGCCUUUUGCAAACUCUGAUUGGACGGUUUCAUCGGGUGUGUCAGCUGACUGGUCAGAACUCUGCCUCCCUGACGUCCCUCCUCAGACGCUCGCGGGACAUCAAAGGCCUUGUCAUCCUGGAAAACGCACAGGUGUUCAUGGACGCUUACACAGAGUAUGCCACUGCAGUGGGGAACUUCCUGGUCAUAGGCGGCUUCCAAGCACUAGCAAAACCUUGCCAGGACCUGUUUGGUAAGGGCUGUGAGGUGGUGCAGCGCCUGGUGGAGAGUGCAGACGAGAGCGCUCCUCUUCCUGACUUGCUGCUCUCGCUCCUCCACCUUCCCAUCAAGCACCUGCAGGAGUACGGACGCCUGCUGCUCAAGCUGGCCACCUGCUAUGAGGUGAGCUCUCCAGAUUAUCAGAAGCUGCAGGACGGCUGCUCUAAGUUUGAGUCUCUGGUCCUUCAUCUGAAGAGGAAGAGGAAGGAGGCGGACUACACUCUUCACUUCUGGAAGAGCUUCCCUGGCAAAAUGACUGAUUCCCUGCGGAAGGCGUCUCGCCGCUUGGUGUGUGAGAGCAGCAACAAGGCGCUGACGCUGCAGAAUGCCGGAAGGUUCUCUGUGAACUGGUUCAUCCUCUUCAACGAUGCUCUUGUCCACGCACAGUUUUCUACCCAUCAUGUGUUCCCAUUGACUACACUCUGGGUGGAGCCUAUUUCCGAGGAGAACACUGGCCUGUUUGGACUGAAGGUGAUUACUCCUGAAGAGACCUUCACUCUGCUGGCGUCGUCAUCAAUGGAGAAGGCGAAGUGGCUUCGUUCCAUACACCAAGCAGUGGAGCAGGCGCUGAGUAGCGUGGGGUCAGAGGUCGCGUCUCUGGCCGCAGGUGGGGGGCCUAGAGCUGACCCACCCAUCUCGCGCACGGCGUCAUACAAAUUCUAUAAAGACGGACGUCUGAAGGAUGCCACCUACGAGGGCCGCUGGGUGGCAGGGAAGCCCCAUGGCAGGGGCAUGGUGAAGUGGCCUGAUGGGAGAGUGUACACCGGAACAUUCAAGAAUGGUUUGGAAGACGGUUUUGGAGAGUACAUUGCCCCCACUAAGAGCCCGAAUAAGAGUGACCAUUACCAAGGCAACUGGAAGGAGGGCAAGAUGCAUGGCUUUGGGACAUACAGGUAUGCCACAGGUGAGGUGUACGAGGGCUGUUUCCAGGACAACAUGCGUCAUGGCCACGGGAUGCUGCGCAGUGGCAAGCUGAACUCCUCUUCCCCGAGUGUUUUCAUUGGCCAAUGGGUCAAUGACAGGAAGUGUGGCUAUGGUGUCUUCGAUGACAUCACCAGAGGUGAGAAGUACAUGGGGACAUGGCAGGAUGACCAGAGGCAGGGCCAUGGAGUGAUUGUUACCCAAUUUGGCCUUUACCAUGAGGGAGCCUUCAGCAACAACAAGAUGAUGGGUACUGGGGUGUUGCUCUCUGAAGAUGACACCACAUUUGAGGGAGAGUUUUCUGAAGAUUGGACUCUCAGUGGGAAGGGUAUUUUGACCAUGCCUAAUGGGGACUACAUCGAGGGCUCCUUCAGUGGCGUGUGGGGCACGGGGCUCAAGAUCUCUGGCUCCUACUAUAAACCCAACCUCUACGACUCCGACAAAGACAAAAGCCGCACACUUAAGCUGGGUGGUCUGGCGGUGUCGUCGUCGGAGAAGUGGUUGGCGGUGUUUGAGGAGUGCUGGAGGAGGCUGGGCUCGGACACCGUAGGGCAGGGAGAGACUAGCCGUGCCUGGGACAACAUCGCCAUUGCCCUGACAACCAACCGCCAGAGACACAGGGACAGUCCUGAGCUGUUGUCUCGCUCUCACCAUAAAACUCUCGAGAGCCUCGAGAUCAUCCCACAACAUGAAGGGCCGGUCACCAUGGAGAAGUAUGACACCAUCCGCCACUACCUCAUCAAGGCAUGUGACACCCCACUGCACCCGCUGGGUCGUCUCUUGGAGAUGCUGGUUGCCGUGUACCGCAUGACCUAUGUGGGCGUGGGGGCCAACCGCGAGACUCCCUCCCUCAACGCCAAGUCCUAUCUCAGUCAAGUCCUAUCUCAGGGUGUAUUCCUGUUCCCAGAUCUUCCUGAGGAGGGCGGUUUGAUCCCGGAGACGGCCGAUGCACAGCAGGAGAGGGACUCCAUCUCCUCUGAUGCCCAGCUGGAUGCUCCGCGGCGUGUGGUGAGCAGCUCUGCCCUGCUGCUGCCCGUGCUGCUGCCCCGUCUCUACCCGCCCCUGUUCACGCUGUACGCGCUGGACAAGGAGAAGGAGGAGGACGUCUACUGGGAGUGUGUGCUGCGCCUCAACAAGCAGCCUGACCUGGCGCUCCUCGCCUUCCUGGGAGUGCAGCAAAAAUUUUGGCCAGUAUCUGUCACUGUUCAGGGAGAGAAGCAACAGGUGGUGAUCAGCACAAAGGAUGCCUGCUUCGCCACAGCAGUAGAGACCCUGCAGCAGAUAAGCACAACUUUCACUCCGUCCGACAAGCUGCAGGUGAUUCAGCUGACCUUCGAGGAGAUCACGCAGGAAGUGCUAGCGCUGCUGAAAGAGGACUUCCUGUGGUCCAUGGACGACCUGUUCCCUGUCUUCCUCUAUGUGGUCCUACGUGCGCGCAUUAGGAAUCUGGGGUCGGAGGUCAACCUGAUCGAGGACUUGAUGGACCCGUGUGUGCAGCAUGGGGAGCACGGCAUUAUGUUCACCACGCUCAAGGCUAGUUACUACCAGAUCCAGCAUGAGAAGAUCACCUAGUUGUUGUGCCUGAUGCGUCUUGCUGAGUGACAGGUCAGCUAACCAAUCACAGAUCACGACAGAGUGCUUGACAAAACAAGGACUCCGUGGCAGGCCCUGUCAGAAGUGUGGCGCUCGGCCUCUGGUGCGGAAGUUUGCCUCCAUACAAGUGUUUCAACGUCUACCAUCCACUUCUGUGGAUUGGCCACAGCAACCACCAGCAUGUCCUAAAAUCCUCACCUGCACACUACCCCUGUUCCCCUGUGACAUAUUCUCUAACCACUCUGAGUGUUCCACAGCAGAACCAUUUUAGUGACCGCUGCGUGUUCUGCGGUAGAACUGCCAGUGGGUGUAUUCUGAAUGGAACAUUUUUGUCCUUGGAGUGUCUCUGUGAUGUCUUGGUGGGUGGUCUGUCUCACCAGAGAUGUCAUGCUCUCAUGUCCACUAAGAUGGACACACUGACCAAUGCAUAGCACCUGUUGAAUGUUUUUUUUUUUUUUUAAUUAUUAUUAUUUAACACUAAUAUUAGCAGUUUUUUUUAAUUUGUACUUGUUCAGACCUCAUGCUGUUACCAUGAUGAAGCACACUAUGUCUCGUGGAGUUUCAGAGAUCCAGACCUUUAGGGAGAAAUCACUCCUUUGGUAUUUAUUAUGUUAUGUGGAAGCGUUCUCGUAAGCUUUACCCAGAGCCUGGCCCAAGUAAACAUAUCGUCUGCUACUGUUUACGUUGCACACACAGACUCGCAUCUCAGAGAGUAUAGUGGCUCGGUCUGAUUUUUAACAUUACAGUGUUAUGCAAAUAACUGACAAGGUUAAAAGGAAAGGGUGAAGACAUAUAAGCUUUGUUCUUAGUUUUUUGAAGUGACCUCUUAAGAAAGGUGUUGUAGUGAAAUCCUGCUAGCGCAGUGGGUUUGACUAGCGAUGACAACUUCCAGUGUUCUGACUGAGUGUCGGCACCUCAUUGUACCAGUUUUUAAGCUCGGUUUGGUGGCUGAUUGAGAGGAAGUAUUGUGUCUUAGUACCGUUAUUGCGUCUGAGUGACCACAUGAAGGUUAUUUCUUUUUGAGAGGGGUCAUUCAGAACUCCGACACAGCUGACACAACAGAAAGAAGACACAGAUACACAUACACACACACAACAGUGUUCACGGUGUACACAUAACAGUGAAGUACAACGUAAACCAAAUCAGAAAAAAGAAAUGAAACCUGUUUGCAUAGGUUUCUGUGGAAAUAUGCACAUUGUUGUCAUUUUGUGAAUAGUGUGUUCCAAAUUCUGUGUCCAAGCACACAGUACCCCUGUGGCUUCCAGUUUUGUGUGCAGUUUACCAAAUGUUUGCAGUUGCUGGUUGACAAUACCAAGUAACCUCAUGUGAAGGACCUUUUUAACUACACACCAACUGUCAGAUGAACAGAGAGCAAAGGGAUGCUCUGAAGGGAUUAACCUAGUUUGGGUUAAUUUGAUGGCUACUGGUUCAUCACAUAUUUAUGUUGAAGCUUUCUAUUAACUGGGAGAUAAAAAAUAACUUUUGAUUUUACAUCUUACAUAAUCAGAUGUUCAUUCAGACUCGUGUAAAGUCCAAGAAUGUUCACAAGGUGUCUAUAAGAAAGAUAUUUACUCUGACAAUCUCACUCCUUGUGAGCAGCCUCUUCGGGAAGUGGGAGAGUAUAGCCAAGAUGGCCAAAAGGCUGACUUGAAACCGUCCUAAAUGUUGCCUGCAUCCGGUCUGUGUUCAGCCAUGGUCAGGGACAUGUCAGUGGUCAAUUCCGCCUCGGCGGAGAGUGUGACGCUGUGAGUAAUCCUCCUCAGCUGGCUGUGCUCUUAUCUUAUCACUCAGUUUAGUUUGCAUAUCAGCUCUCAAGGUCAGACGUCAAUGGACAACUUGAGAUGGUGUUCCAGCAGUGACCUUGGGGGUCAGAUGAUGGACACACUCACAAACACACAAACGUACACACAACACAUCACAUCAUAUGAGAGUGACUGAUGUGCAGCAGAACUUACCCAUCAGGGAGAGUGUUAUUAAGACUGACAGUGUGUUUACCAGUCAUCAGUUCCUGUUUGUGAUGAUGAACUUUGUACUUUUAACUAUUUCAUUUCUCUUUUUACUCAGCGAAAUUAUCAACUGGGUGAUAGACUGACAUGUAUACAAUCACAACAUUUGGGAUAAAUAUAGACAAGCAACAACACAGUACCUGGCACAAAACAAUUUCUCUACUACAUUCAGCAAUAACUGUGAUGUUUUUUUUUAUCGUUUACUGUUAUUUUAAAUCUGACCACUGUGUUAAUGUUCUUCAGAAUGUUCAGUGAAGGUUCAACAUCGACUAAUAGUCUGCCUAUUAGAUCAGGCUACAGUGGUAAUCCCAGUGAUGUUGGUAAUCUGAAUGAUAAUCUGAUCGAGGACAUCAUCUAAGAUGGUUGGCGGAAACAGGACAUGGAGUCACGUAAAUUCACAAAGUGCUUUUAAUAUCCCCAGUCAAGAGUUGUAUUAUCGAGCUGCAGUCAUGUACUGUUAGUAAGGAGGAAGAGUUUUAGCAGGCUGUGAUAUCAUGCAUGUAUGUUUGUGUAUGUUUGUCUGUGAGCUGUAGGUGAGGCUCUGUGUGUAUCAUAAUGGUGUGAUUUGAUACCUUGAUGGAAGAUGACUGCUUAAUGCAGCAUCGCCACAUGCCUCUUUCCAGCACUGACAUUGCCAGGCGUUGCAUGAUAUACCCAACCCAACAUGAUGUAACUUAAAUUACAAUUCCUGAUUGUAUUUCUGCGGCACCUUGGAGUUUAUGUGAAGCGUUUGUUCUGCCAAUAUCAAAACAGAUUAUGGGUCUGUGCCUAUGCCUGGUGUUGUGUUGGGGUGCGUACACUUAUUUUUAAGUAAGUAAAUAUAUGAUAAAAAUGUGCAUAGGAUUUUGUCAUGAUAAGUCUAACUUGGAGGGCAAUAAACUGUUGUAUCAGUGAAA